AGUAAAAAAAAAAAAAGCACUUCUACCCCCUUCCCACCUACUGGACACUUCUACCCCCUUCCCGCCUACAGGGUACUUCUACCCCCUUCCUGUCCAGGCCAAUUUCCAGCUUUCAGCGCUGUCGCACUUUGAGUGACAAUUGCGCGGUCAUGCAACACUGUACCCAUAUGAAAUUUGUAUCAUUUUUUUGUGACAGAUGGAGCUUUAUUUUGGUGGUGUUUAAUCACCUCGGGGAUUUUUAUUUUUUCUUAAACAAACCAAAAACCACUGAAAAUUUUGAAAAAAGUUUUUUCUUAGUUUUUGUUAUAAAAUUUUGUAAAUCA